UAGUACACGACCCCUAGCCCUGCUCCUUCCUUUCUCUUCCUAGCAGCUUGGUGAUUUUGUCUUCGGAGUUGAUUGUCGAUGGUGAAGAAGGCCGUUGUCAUUGUCUUUGUGAUUGAGAGACAUGUCAGUACUGCCCAAUAUCUUGGGUUGAACUCAAACCAAUUUCCUUACGCCAGGUCACAGCUGCUACACCGUUAUGUUUGCUGUUCCCAUUGGUGGGGCAAAUGUCCCCAUGACGACUUUUCCGCAGCGAUUUGCGGCGCUUCUCAUCGUUUGCCUUGGAAUUAGGAUUUGUUACAGUUUACCUCCACUCGCCCACGGAAUCGAUGACUAUGAUGUUCUAUCCUAUCCGGCAUGGAGCUCAGUGGAAUCAAGACGCGCCGAUGCUCAUCUGGAAGUGGCAUUUAACGCUUUGGAUUUGAAAUUUCAUAUCAACCUGUCGUUGGACAGCCCACGUCCUAUUCUACAGGAUGUUGAAGGCCAUUUGCUUUCUGGAGGCGAGAAGCGGCCACUGACAGAGGAGGACCUGGAUCACCAGUAUGUCUCGGGUUUUGAUGCCAACAUGGCUGGAUCAACAAUAAUCGGAUACAUCAGACGCGGCCUAUUCUUUGGUCAGAUUAUACACCCUGAGAACGCUGUAUUCUAUGUUGAAAGGGCGGAGGCCCACGGCAUUGUCAGCGAUGAUUUUCACUCUGUAAUAUAUGAAUCGUCCUCAGCACUCCAUGUGCACGGUGACUAUGCAGCCCCUUUGGUUUCUUCUCAUUACUAUUCACCUCUGCUGCACCGCUGGAAGCGUGACUUUCCCAGUAACUCCUGGAUGAAGCGCGUGUGUACUGUCCAUGCAGUCGCAGAUCACCUUUUCUUCGAGGACGUUGGAAAUGGAAAUGUUGCCGAUACUAUUGAUGCAAUGGCCCAGCAUAUCCGGACCACGAAUGCAGCACUUGUCCAAACAGAUUUUGACUUUGACGGUCUACCAGAUCAGCUGGGCAUUGCUAUGUCAAGGAUAACUAUUUUCACGCCGGAGAAUGAAAAAAGCCCAGACUAUCUAUUUCCAUCGUCGGUGCUCGAACCACACAAGCUGCUAAUGCAAGCGCAGCAUAUGGAUUUAAAGGAUGUCUGCAUUGGUGUUGUAUUUACAUCCCGGGACUUAACCAAAUCAAAUCUAGGAAUUGCGUUCCAAGCCAGUUCAGUUCUUGGUGGUAUUUGCUCCAAUGCCGGACCUGUUUACAAUGUGAUGAUCGUUGCGUUUGUCUCCAAUGGCAGGCGCUUGUCACCGCUACUGACUGAAGUGACCCUAAUGCAUGAACUAGGACAUGCAAUGGGUGCCUCUCAUGAUACCAGUGCAUGUCAUGACAGCGACGAUCCCAGUGGAUACUACAUAAUGUAUGCCAAGUCCACACCGGGCUACAUGCGCAAUAACCGCAUGUUCAGCUCAUGCAGCCGCCACCAGAUUGCCAACGUCAUGCGACACCGAGCUGAUAUCCAACGGUGUUUGAAACAUGUGAACCAGUCCUACUGCGGCAAUGGGAUAGUUGAAUCCGGUGAAGAAUGUGACUGCGGAAGCGCGAAGGACUGCGAGGCUAUCGACAAGUGCUGCUACCCGCGUGAGCAUCCCUUGGGAGGCUGCACCGUACAGCGCGAUAAAGGAUACCAAUGCAGUCCGAACAAAGGACCAUGUUGUACUGACCAAUGCCAGUUCAAGCCGUCAACAACACUGUGUGGAAUGAGGAGUGAUUGCAAGCAACAGUCGGUUUGCAGUGGUGACAGUCUUCAUUGUCCUCCUUCACAGCCACACCGGGAUAUGAGAAGGUGUGCCAAUGGCGGUGCAGUCUGUGUUGAAGGCGAGUGCAUUGGCUCCCCUUGCCUCCUUCUAAAGGAUAUUGGUUGGUCCGUAUGCGAAUGCCGGAGCACCGGCACUUCCUGCCAUGUGUGCUGCGAGAAGAACGGCAUUUGUGUGGACACAUUUUCAGGACAUGCGGACUUCGUCACGGCGAAUAUUUCAAGUUUGCUGCAUCCUAGCAACACACCAUGUCAUCACUAUGAGGGAUAUUGCAGCAGCGAAGGUGUUUGCAAGGGUGUUGACUUCGAUGACUACACCGAGGCUGUCGGCAAAGUGUUCCACCAUGUCUUUGCUGGAAUGAAGGCACUGCUGAACUUCUGGUACCUGGUACUGUUUUCACUGAUGCUGGGACCACUGGCCUUUUAUUCAUGGAAGUUGGCAAGCCUCUCCUCGACUGACAUCCACCAGCGCUACGAGGCCUUCAAGGUGAGAGUCAGCGAGGACUUCACUGCGCCCGAACAACCGCCGGAAAGGAACAAAGCUCGCUCGCCUAGGAGAGUCUCACAGUCUACACACGCGCUAUAGACACCGUGUUACAGCAUAUGGUUACGUCACUACAUGUACUAUGUACCUGGUCACCUUCAAUCUACUGUGAACGUAUGUAUAUAGCAGCUACUGUUGCUGACAUCUGACCAGUUCUAAGCCCAGCAUGUAGAAAAAUUGGAAUUGGAAUAUCAGCGACUAGAAAUUGGAAUAUAGAACACAGCAAUAUUCAUGCCAAGAUUAGCAACUAAGCUAAGCCUCACUUACAAAGGCGCCUAUAGAUGGGCACGUUUUUUAGUUCCGUACGCCAUGACUGGAACCAUUCUCUUGCUUACAACCUAGACAGUGAUAUAGUUUUACAACAUGCAUUUAAACAAAACGUAUACACCAUAGAGUAUUUGAAUAUAUCAAAAGAAUUCAUGACGUUUCAGAAUGGA